AUGAUCUUUCCCAACUUAAUUCCACUGUCGAUCCUCGCGGGAUUAGAGAAAGAUUGGGCAGGAAUUGCUUUCCGUAAGGACUGCGUCACAAUGACUUCCAUGGCAAAGGAAAAAGCUUUCCGGCGCCAUUCUAGACCUCAGGCAUCGGUCUUGGAUAAAGCUACUUCUCUCAACAGGCUACAGGUGCCUACUAAGGUGGCACUCCUUGAAAAAUCCAUUCAAAAGAAGAAAGAGGUCUCAACAAAUCCAUGGAAAACACUUUCCGUUCAAGGAGAGCUGAUACAGGGCAAAUCAAAAUGGCAGUUGUGCAUACAAGAAGGACUUAUGGCAAUUGUGAAGAGUGUAGAGAUUGAGCCUGGCCGGCGAGAGCUCGAGAAAAUCAGAAAGUUAUCCCCGCACCCACAUGUUGCGACGAUCAACCAAGUAUUCGAAUCUGACACGUCCAUGUUCUUCAAAUUUGAGUAUUCCAGAUUCACUCUAGAAGAAGUCCUCAAUGUCCACUUGAGCCUAGACGAAUCUCAUGUCCGGAUUAUAGCCAGUUCGGUACGCUUCAACUUCUCAGGACCGGCUGACUUGCUUAAUUUUAUAGAUGUUCCUCGCAGUCAAGCAUAUAGCUGCUUCUGGCAUCGUUCAUAA